AGCAUAUGUUUGUCAUGUCCAUCUUCAUCUCUGGCAGUUCAGCCUCUCACAGUUUUACAGCAUGGAUCAAAGAGAAAUUCUCAUGCAAAACCUGGAAAGAGUCAAGAGCCAAAAACUCAACAGAGAGGAAUUUUCAAAUGAAUUUUUGAAACUGAAAAGGCAAUCAGCAGCCUACAGAGCAGACAAAAUCUACCCAACAGUGACAGCAGAGAGGCCAGAAAACAUCACCAAGAACCGCUACAAAGAUAUCUUGCCAUAUGACCACAGCCGAGUGAAGCUGUCUCUGAUCACUUCUGAUAAAGACUCCAAUUACAUCAAUGCAAAUUUUAUUCAGGGUGUAUAUGAGCCACGGACCUAUAUAGCUACCCAGGGUCCACUUUCCCCAACUGUUCUCGACUUCUGGCGAAUGAUUUGGGAAUAUAAAAUACAGGUUGUGAUAAUGGCGUGCAUGGAAUUUGAAAUGGGGAAGAAAAAAUGUGAGAAAUACUGGGUGGAGGUGGAUGAGACCCCUAUCCAUUGGGGCCCAUUCACUGUUUCCUGUGAGGCUGAAGAAAAGAAGAACGAAUAUACAAUUCGCACUCUGAAAGUGAACCUGAAUGAUAAUGAAAUCAGAACUGUCUACCACUUUCAUUACAGAAAUUGGCCAGACCAUGAUAUACCCUCCUCUAUUGAUCCCAUUUUACAGCUCAUACAGGAGAUUCAUUCCUACCACGCAAACACUAGUGACGCACCUAUCUGUAUACAUUGCAGUGCUGGAUGUGGAAGAACAGGAGUCAUUUGUGCUGUUGAUUAUACUUGGACCUUGGUAAAAGAUGGGAUUCUCCCAAUGAACUUCAGCAUUUUUAACCUGAUUCAAGAAAUGCGUACCCAGAGGCCUUUAAUAGUGCAAACUCAGGAGCAAUAUAGGUUGGUUUAUGAUGCUGUGCUUGAGCUCUUUAAAAGGCAGCUGGAAACUUUCUCUAAUCCUUCUGGUACCAUAUCUGUGGAGACUCAAGCAAGCCAUCCAACAGCCAGGACACUCAUUUCUCAUACAGAAACUUCUUUACAGAAACCACAGAGCAGUUCAGUGCAAGAGGAACAGGAGAAAGCUCGAUGUUACAGUCAUGACAUCUGGGGCUUAAACAUCCACAGCAGACUCAGGGGUGGUGCCUCUCCAUCAGUCAGACAAGCCCUUUCAAUUGAAGCCUUGAACUUCAGUGGCAGCAGAAACAUGACUAUGACAACAGAAUAUAAUUCUUCAUUGGCAAGACAGCCACUCCAUAAACAUCAUAGUUUGGACUUCAACAGUAUUUUUUGGGAAGAGUUGCCUCUCGCUUUGAGACCAGCCUGUGAAAAUGGGUUAAGCUUAGAUCCAAAGGCAUCUCUGUCACGGACUAAAUCAACUUCUUUUGAGAGAACAUCCCAAGCACUAACCAGAAAGGACUCAGGCUCCCCUUUUGGCCUCAAGCUUCAUGUUGACAGAACCUUUUCCAAUAAACUAUCAAACCAAACCCAGCAUUAUAUGCAUAGGAACUUGCACCACCAGACCACUACUUGGUCAACUGAGGAUCCGUACUUUUCUUCGCUCUCUUUGGAUGAUCCAUGCUCCCCAACACCUGCUGAACUUACUGUGAAUUUGCAUGAAACCAUUAUCCAUGUUUCUCCUCCUGAGGACUCCACAGUACACCCCUCUGACAGCACAAGGCCUAGAUCACAGCAGGGUGGUCCUCAGGCCCAGAAUAACCACCUAUUAGAUACAGUGGAAUCAGCCUGCCAGGGAUCUCCCAUAUUGGAUGCAGACAUUCCUCCCCCACUGCCUGAGAGAACCCCUGAGUCUUUUAUUAUACCUGAAGAAACAGAUGACUUUUCAUUGGCUGCUUCAACCCACCAAUCACUUUCCAAGAAUGAAAAAACUGUAAGAUCUGAGGACUGGAAUGGAAUGCUUCAGAUGAAAUUAUCUGAUGACUUUGUGAGAUUGAGGCCAAGCAAGGGUAUGAAGCUACAGAGACCCAGAUCAGAAGAUUAUCGGGAUUGCUCUUCUUCCCCUCCCCCGUUGCCUGAAAGGACCCCUGAAUCCUUUAUUCUUCCUGAUGAGGAAUGUUUACCAUCUGCUUGGAACAAUGUUGUGAGCCCUGGAGACUCUGAGAUUAAAGCAAUUGACAAAUCAAAGGAAGCAAAAUGCUUCAAGAGGAGUAAGAGCUUGAAAAUCUUACGCAGUGUGAAAAAUAGCAUCUGUAGUCCAUCUUCACUAGUGAAACCACCAGAGCCAGACCAGUCCAAUCACUCCAUCUUAAGCUUUGGCUUUGCAAACCGAUUUUCAAAACCCAAAGGACCAAGAGAUCCACCACCAAACUGGAAUAUUUAGUAGAUUUUCUAAGAUGCAUCCCACCCCUUGCAGACCUGCCUUGUUCAUCUACCUUCACAAUGAGAUCAUCAUUUCAACCAAAGGGCUUCUGUUGAACUGAAAGAGAUGGAAAAUAAAAUAUGGAUUCUUUGUCAUCUGAAUACAAUACAACUUCUUCUGUCAACUGACAUGGAUGGCAACUAGCAUAAAUGGAAACCAAAUGCUUUGUGAGUGCUUGGCUUCUGUUCAUAUUUCAGUGAAGCAAAGGUGGAUUGUUUCUUCAGCACUGUUUUUAUUUCAGCAAGGACAGUUGUUUGGACUUCGACCUGCCCAGAAUCCUGAAGGCCCUGACCCCAGUCUAAGAUGUAAAGACAGGCCAUAGCAUAGUUCAGAUGAGACAGAGCUCAGGAUCAUAGUUACUUAUUAUUAAUGUGUGUGCUUUCAGAUUAUUCCUGUUCUCCCUGGCUAUUGAAUUGUGGCUGAAACUGGUUGUUUGUAACAUAAAGGUGACAUUACUUGCAUGAAUGGAGUAGUUGCCCACUUAGAAAUGGUACUAGUUCUUUUUCUUACAAUAAUUGUAAUUUCAACAUGGAAAACAGAUUGUUUUAAA